AUGUACGAGCCUCAUUAUCGGGUACACAACCACAACAGAUCCCGACGAGGCCGAGCCAACGCGGCCUCAUGCAUACUCGCCACGCUCUUCCUCCUCUUCCUCGCAGCCGCGGCCGCGGCCGUGUCCUUCGUCCUCUUCAAGCCCAAGGAUCCCAAGAUCGCCGUCACCGCCGUCCAGUUCCCCAAGUUCUCCGUCUCCAGCGGCACCUUCAACCUCACCUUCUUCCAGUUCGUCUCCGUCACCAACCCCAACCGCGACUCCUUCACCCACUACGACAGCUCCCUCCAGCUCGUCUACUCCGGCAGCCAGGUCGGCGUCGUCGCCAUCCCCGCCGGGGAGAUCGGCGGCGGCCGGACCCAGCGCAUGUCGGCCAAGUUCGACGUGGAGGAGUAUCCGGUGGCGGCGGAGGGGGGUGGAGGGGGGGUUGAGGCGGUGAGCGAGGGAGGAGGAGGAGGGGGGGCGGCGGGGGGGACGAUGGAGAUAGAGACUCGGAUGAAGUUGGUGGGGAGGGUUAGGGUUAUGAAGGUGUUUAUGCAUAAGGUGGAGAGCAGAGUGAGGUGCAGUGUUGGUAUCAGAGUGAGUGAUGCUAGCAGUAAAAAUGGUGGUUUUAUUAAUUGGUUCAAUUACUACAGUACUAUUCUGGUUCUGUAUUUAGGAAAAACUAUUGAAGACCAGCCAUUUUCCAAUUUCUGUACAUUGAUACAAAUGCAGCAUUUCAUUGAUCUCUUCAUGGGAAUUCUUAUGCCUAUCUCUAUCUGA